AUGGCCACUGACGCCUCUGCAACCAUGGCCCCUGACACCUCUGCAACCAUCCCUGUACCAGAGAUCAACUCCUCCACUCCCACCUUGAUCACGAUCAAUGCUACCGCCCAACUACCCGUGAAACUCACACCCACCAAUUACUCAUCAUGGCGUGCUCAAUUCAACGCCCUCCUCUACAGCUACGACCUCAUGGGUUAUGUGGACGGUUCUCGUCUCUGCCCAUCAACCACUCAACUCGUGCUUCGCACCUUUUGGAUUCGGCAAGAUCAACUCCUUCUCCAUGCGAUUCUUGCUUCCGUCUCACCGCAGGUCAUCUCCCUUAUCGCCUCUGCCAAAACGUCCAAGGAGGCUUGGGACAAGCUUCUCCGUCUCUUUGCUAGCAAAGCCCGUGCUCGCGUUCUUGGUCUCAAAGAACGCCUUACUCUCUUGCGCCGUGAGAACAAGUUGUCUCCGAGUAUCUGCAAGAAGUCUGCGUUAUUGCAGAUGAACUCGCCAUCAUUGAUGUUCCCCUCUCCGAUGACGAUCUCCUCCUCUACAUUCUUAAUGGUGUUGGAUCUGACUUCAAGGAAAUUGCUGCGGUGGUUCGUUCCCGCGACACCUCAAUUUCUUUUGAAAACCUCCACUACUACAAAAAGGAAAAACACGACGGGAAUUCACCGUCGUGUAUUCUGUUUUCAAAUGGUCGUAGAAUCCACCGAUAUCUUUUCCAUAACCAAACCACGACGGUGA